GUUAAGCUUGAUGCAUUAACAUCCCCCAAGUGUCCCACAUAAGUCCAACCCCUCUUUGGCUAAUUUAAGCGAAUCCACUUCCACUUCUCAUGCAUGCACCACACUCCGGCCUCGGUAAUCAAUUUUCUGUUUUUUGAGUUUCCCUUUCCCCUGCUUCUUUGUUUCUCUUUAUCUAUUUCUUCUCUUGUUCUCUGCGCUUGCACCAUCAUUUUCAAAGUGAAGGAGCAGAAGCUAAAGCCGCAGUGCAAUUUUUCACCAUCUAUAGUUUUAGCUGAUUUUUUUCUGAAACUGUAAAGACAGACAAGAUAAGAAGUUAAGGUAGAGGAGGGAAAACAUGCCGCCUCGCAGAUACGCUUUUGGGAGGGCUGAUGAGGCCACUCAUCCAGACUCCAUGCGAGCCACCUUGGCUGAAUUCUUCUCCACUUGCAUUUUCGUCUUUGCCGGCGAAGGCUCAGUUCUUGCUCUUGACAAGAUGCACAAGGAUACCAGUACAACGCCUGCAAGACUGGUGAUGAUAGCACUUGCGCAUGGCUUGUCACUGUUUUCAGCUGUGGCAUCCAGUAUUAACGUCUCUGGUGGCCAUCUGAAUCCAGCAGUCACCUUUGGUGCCCUGGUCGGAGGAAGGAUCACGCUUAUUCGUGCGGUUUACUACUGGGUUGCUCAACUCUUAGGCUCUAUCGUGGCUUGUCUCUUGCUUCUGGUUGCGGCUGGAAUGCGACCGGCCGGGUUCUAUGUGGCGUCCGGAGUUGGGGAGUUGCGCGGUCUUUUACUGGAAAUAGUGCUGACAUAUGGAUUGGUGUAUACUGUUUAUGCAACAGCGAUUGAUCCGAAAAGAGGAAGCCUGGGGACAAUAGCACCACUGGCUAUUGGGUUAAUUUUCAGUGCUAACAUCUUAGUGGGCGGGCCAUUCGAUGGAGGAGCCAUGAAUCCAGCCGGGGCAUUUGGUCCUGCCUUGGUAGGAUGGCGUUGGAACAAUCACUGGAUCUACUGGGUGGGUCCACUGAUUGGAGGAGGUCUAGCCGGUCUCAUAUACGAGUAUAUGGUGAUACCAGCAGAGCCUCCCCACCACACGCACCAGCCCUUGGCCCCUGAAGAUUACUAGUCGCUUGUGUCAUUUCUUGUGCUUGUGGCUGCACCUAGCUACUUAAUUUGGUCAUGGAUCCAUGUUGCUUUCUUUCACUUGUAUGUUCUGUUUCUGUAUCUGUUUCUUGUAAGUUUGUAUGCAUUUUCAUGACAGUAAUAAAAUAACUGCGGUGCAGUCAGUU